AACGACCAUUGCCUUCUUGGGCGGGAAGGAUUGGAGGCUGUCUGGGAAGGGGACUGGUUCAUGCAUCCGCCUGAGAGCCAAUCGGAAGCCAAAGCUAGAAAGGGGCGGAACCUGACCCGCGUAGCUAGCGUCGCCGCCGCUGCUGUCUCUGCACCGCUGAGAAGAUGACCGUGGGGAGGCCUGCGGGAGCCUCCGGCGGCGCUCAGUGGAGCCGUCAGAUAUUUCCCCCCAAAUCCUCCUCAGACACAGAGGCAGAAGAGGAGCUGUCUGGGGAUAGGCUGGUUUUGCCCAGGGCUGGCAAACUCGAUGAAUUCCUCAGCCCAGAGGAAGAGACUGAUUCUACUUCUGACUCAACUGGGAGCUUUUACGAGACCCUGCAGAUACUGAGGCAGAAAGGCAGGUGGUGCCUGUUGGAAUCUCUUUAUCAGUCUGAUCUCGACAGUGAUGAGAACCUCUCUGAAGAUGAUGAGGACCUGAAGCGUUUCUUCCAAGACAAAGGCAGGGGGAAGCGGCAGGUUCAGUGCCCCCAGUCUCCAAGGUGUGGCUCCACAAGGCGCUGCAGCUCCCUGAGCAACCUUCCCUCCGACAUUCCCAAGGUUCUGGCCCAGCCACCUUCAGACUCCAGGUCUCCUUCCCAGCAUAAAAACAUCAGCUCCUGGGCAUCAUCCAUCACUGUCCCUCAGCCGUUCCGCAUGACACUGCGUGAGGCCCGGAAGAAGGCCCAGUGGCUGGCCUCACCUGCCUCCUUUGAGCACGAGAGGCAGCAGGCUCAGAGGCAGGGUCAGGAGGAGGCCGAGUGCCACCGGCAGUUCCGGGCACAACCUGUGCCCGCACAUGUCUACCUGCCCCUCUACCAGGAGAUCAUGGAGCGCAAUGAAGCCCGCAGGCGGGCAGGGAUCCAAAAGAGGAAGGAACUGCUCCUCUCUUCCUUGAAGCCCUUCAGCUUCCUGGUGAAGGAGCAACAGCGAAAGGAAACCACUCAACAAAGGGAGUUGGCCGCUACAGCUAAGGCCAAGGUCCCCAAGCAGAAAGCCACCAGAAGGAUCCCCAAGUCCAUUCUGGAGCCAGCCCUUGGGGACAAACUCCAGGAAGCUGAGCUCUUCAGGAAAAUUUGCAUCCAGAUGAGAGCCCUGGACAUGCUCCAGAAGGCCUCCUCCCCCAUCGCCUUCUCCAGUAGCCGGGCUGAGCCACAGCCUCGCAUAGCCACCCGAACCUGGGAGGAAAAGCUUGGGUUUCUGCAGACUGACUUUGGAUUCCAGCCUCGUGUGAAUCCUGCUGUCCCUGACUAUGAGGGCCUUUACAAGGCCUUCCAGAGAAGAGCUGCCAAGAGAAGGGACACCAGAGAGGUGACUCGCAACAAGCCCUUCUUCCUGAGAACCGCCAGCCUGCGUCACACUCAGCGGCCCUGCGAUGCCGCCACCUCUGGAGGGAGGAGGGACUCCGUGGAGCCACCCGUUACACCCCUGGCAAGGAGUCGUUCUCUGAGUGCCCUUGCUUCCCUCUCUGCCAACACCCUCCCUGUGCACAUCACAGAUGCCACCAGGAAGAGGGAGUCUGCAGUCAGAAGUUCACUUGAAAAAAAGGACAAAGCAGAUGAGAGUACUCAGUGGUUGGAGAUGCACAAAAAGAAGUGUCAAGCAAUGUCUAAAUCCGUGACCUUGCGUGCAAAAGCCAUGGAUCCCCAUAAAAGCCUGGAGGAGGUGUUCAAAGCAAAGCUGAAAGAGAAUCGGAACAAUGAUCGUAAAAGAGCAAAAGAGUAUAAGAAAGAAUUGGAGGAAAUGAAGAAGAGAAUACAAACAAGGCCCUAUCUCUUCGAACAAGUUACCAAGGACCUUGCCAGAAAAGAAGCAGAACAACGGUAUCGAGACACCCUGAAGCAGGCUGGCCUGGAUGAAGAUUUUGUGAGGAAUAAGGGUCAGGGCACCAGGGAUGUACAAUGGAAGGAGCAGUCAGAAGUCCGUGAUUGUCCCAGCACCCAUGGAACUGCAAAAUUCAGCAUCAGAAAUCCACAGCAGGAUUUAGAAGAAUCCCUGGAAAAGCCUACAAGCCCCGAGAAAGAACUGGAGGACAUGUCUUAUGAACUGCUAGAUAAUCUCAAAUCACUUGCUUAAUCAGUACACUUAAAAUUACUGCUUUUCAAUAAUUUUAAGCAGCUAACUUGGGGUGGAGUUAAGGCAAGCAAAAUUUAAGUUUUGAGUCAUGGUUACUCUUGGAGAAUGGGGAAGAAAAGUAGCAGAUAACAGGGAAUGGUUCCCAUAAAUCAAAAUGGAGAAGCUCAGGGUGGAGGGAUCAGAGCAAUUAAGGGUUCCUGCUUUGUGCCUCACACUUAAACUAUGGGUACAGAAAAAAGGGCACAAGCCCAGAUGCCUACAGGGGAUAGUCAGGAAACAUAAAUGGAUCAAAUGGGCUGGGUGUAAGAUAGCAGGAGAGAGUAGAGACUGGAGUCUCUGCUGGAAUCCAGGCCCAGAACUGCCAGAUCAACUGCAUUUUCAAUAGAAGCCAGAAAUAUGCAUGUUAGCAACUAAUUAAAAAAUUACUUGGAAAUCCUGUGUGGGCAAAACAAAUACCUGGUUGACAAGUCUGCAACUUCUAGUCCAGAGUUUCUCGAUCUCAGCACUAUUGACAUUUUGGGCCAGAUGAGUCUUUUUUGGGUGUUAGGAGAGGGGGCUGUCUUAUACUUUGUAGAAGCUUAGCAGCAUCCCUGGCCUCUACUCACUAGAUGCCAGUAAUACCCCUCUCCAUAGUUGUGACAACCAAAAAUGUUUCUAGAAAUUGCCAAAUGUCCCCUGAGGGGGGAAAAUGUCCCUGGUUGAGAACCACUGCUCUAGUAUAAAAGUAAAGCUACAAGAAGUAAAAACUGGCAUUUUAAGAAUACAAGCAAUUGACAUGAACUCAGUCUACAUAGCACAGGAUGACUAUGCAUGUCAUUAACAAAUUAAGAACUAUAAUUACUGUAU